AUGCUUAUUACAACUAUCACCUUCAAUAACUUCAAUGGGUGUGAAGAUCUUACGAAUGGCCUCAUUCACCAUCUAGCCAAAACCCUACCUGAACAAAGCCUCCACGCUGACCAAGCCCCUCGGAAAAGGCGCAACGAAGCCGAAGAGAAAGUCCCAAUCUCACAGAACCCAAUCGUCUCACCGCUCCCCCGCGACACCCGCCAAGCUGCAAGAAGCAAUCCCCAAGAUUCGAAACCAGAUCACGCGGACUCGGACACCUGA